AGUUAGCGCAACAAGUACAAUUAUCUUCUCUUUCACACAACAAAAUCACCUUUUAAACUGUGGCCUAUUCUUAUCUCUAUGCAAAGUCGAAUGUUGUUUCUUUUUCUUUUUAUUUUUUUAAUUAGAUAUUCAAACCCAUUUUUAAACAUUAACAGAUUAAAAAAAAAAGAAGGAUAUUCCAACCCAUUUAUGUUUGGCGAGAACCCCUCAGGCUUGUCUCCGAAAUAACUGCGAUUCAUUAAAUCCAUGAGCUGUAGAUUGCAAACAUUGACUAAACUUUGCGGAUUUAUAUAAGAAUCCAGAUCUCACAAAUUUUCGCCAGGAAUUUUCAUGCCAGAUGUGAGGAUUUUGUUUCACACGGCAAUUUUUUGCUGAAAUUGAUAGGCCAGCUUGAAGGCUUUUUUCAACCAGAACUUAGAGUGACAGGGCCUCUCUCAAUCUUUCAAUAGACAAUACAAUUCAAAGUGACUGUAUAUAAUGUCACUCAGAUAUUGUUUCAGAUCUGAGCUUCAAUCUGGUAGAAGCAGGAGGGAGGGAGAGCGUGAGGGAGUGAGGGAAAUGACAUCCUGGAAAUCCUGGAGAAAAUGGUUGCUAGAUAUUCCUCUUAGUGCCAGAAACAUUCUAGAAAAUUCAGAACCGAAAAAUGGAGUCAAAGAUUUCAGCAACUGGCCCACCUUCCCACAACUAUUUAUCAAGGGCGAGUUCAUUGGAGGGUCUGACAUAAUCCUUAACAUGCAUAAGUAUAUCCUCUUUUAUUUUGUGUGUCAUAUGCAGUCUGGGGAGCUGAAAGAAAAGCUUAAGGAUCUCACUGCAGGAACCAGCCAGCAAAAGGAGGAUUCAGAGUAAUGGUCUUCAAAUCGCCAUGGAGCCAGAAAUUGGGUUUCCUGCGUAUUUGUUCUCUUUCUGCUAUUUUCUGCUAUGUUGUGCAAAAUGUAAAAAGGAUAUGUAAUCGUUCUACCAGGAAGGAGGUCCAAAGUUGAACUUAUUUAUAAUGGAUAAGAUGCUCUCUAGUUAAAUGA